GCGGUUGAUGAGUCCAAAGAAACGCUUCCGCCAUUAUCGGUUUUGUUGCAUCAUUCUCAUCCGACUUCCGAAAGUUUAACAGAAAAUAGACUAGAUGCUUGUCAGGAUUCUGCAAAAAUCCAUCAAUCUCCAAAUAAUUCACCUCAUGCUCGAGGACAUUACAAUAUCAUGCGUCAAGAAGAUCUCGAACGGCAACAUGUUCAACAGUUACCAGAUUCAUCCUCACCUUCGUUUUCGACUCCCAACGAUGACGGCGUUCAUUCGUCACGCGUAUUGUCGGACGUUCGUUUACCUUCUAUCAAUCAUGUUUAUCCACCACAACAAUCGAUAAAUGCACCUUUGCAUCAUGAAAGACCUCUUCAAUUGCAACAAAGUCGUUCGGAAACUUUUGGUCAAAAUAAUUUAUCUCCUAUAUGGUCAAGACAACAAGCUCCUCAGCAGUCGCCAAGGCAAUCAGCUUCUGGCUCACUUCAUAAUUCUAGUCCUAAUGUAAAACCUGUACAAAAUCCCGUCCGAUUUGUUAAUAACAUUCAUCCACCAGAAUAUAUUCAUUCUAAUUCUUUUGCAAAGAAUUCUUCUCAAUCUUCCGCUUUGAAUUCACAAAACUUUGAGAAAAUCUUGGCAGAUAUGCAAAAGAUAACUGAACAUUGCUCUUUGAUUAGCCAAUUUGCUGCGCAAUAUGGUGAUUAUCGAAUCCAAAUGAAUAAAUUUGGACAAUUUUCUCCAAAUACGUGGACCCCCAACCACGGUAUGUCCCCGGAAGCUCAAGUUCCGGAAAUGAUAAAUAAAGCAUAUGAAAUUCUGAGUGUGUUGAAUAAUAUCAAAAGUGAUCUUGGUCAGACUACUUCGAAACGUGCGGCACCACCUGGAAGAUGUCACUCUUGUAAUAUAUCGGAAACUCCCGAGUGGCGUCGAGGUCCUGAUGGUGCUAGAACUCUAUCUCUUACGGCAAUGCAUCAACAGUCUAUUCAACCGCAACCUAAAAUCCAUCGCGGUAAUUCUGUUCUACCGAAUUCAUCCACAAUGACACAACCACCUCCGUUAAUUCUUCCACAACCAAAACCACCGAUGAAUAUGAUGGGGGCAUUGCAACUUUCGACACCUCACUCUAACCCAUUGAUUUGA